AUGGACGUCGAAGCUUCCGCCGGGACUGUUAUAAGUCCCAAAAAGGAUACCAAAUCUCGCGAAACAUCAGUGGAUGAACCCUCCCUUCAUCAUGGCGAGAAUGAUAUUUUGGGAAGUGAAAAUGUGGACCACGCGCUGGCAGCCAAGAUGGUUCUAGUUAACGACGCCAUCGAUGAGAUUGGAUUUACCCCUCACCACUGGAAACUCUUUUGUCUGAAUGGCUUUGGAUAUGCUGUCGACUCUUUAAUCCUCCUAAUCCAGUCGAUCAUCUCCACCCAGGCUCGAUAUGAGUUUCAGCCGAGUUAUUCCACCGGCUUGACAAUUGCCGUAUAUGUCGGCAUGUUGAUUGGCGCGAUCUUUUGGGGCUUUUCAGCUGAUAUCGUUGGACGCCGUUUCGCCUUCAACUUCUCUCUUUUUAUCUCUUCUGUUUUUACCAUUGUGGCAGGCGCAUCUCCAAGCUGGGUUGUUCUGGGUCUUUUUAUCUGUCUCAGUGCAUUUGGUGCCGGUGGUAAUCUGGUACUUGACACAACCGUGUUCCUGGAGUAUCUUCCCAGCAAUAGACAAUGGCUGCUGACUUUGAUGGCGGCCUGGUGGGGUCUCGGACAGCUGAUUGCUGGAUUAUUCGCCUGGGCGUUCCUCCCGAACUACUCCUGCAGCGAUGCGACUGACUGCACCUAUGACAAUAACAAAGGCUGGCGCUAUGUCUGGUAUACAUCAGGCGCAUUCGUGUUUCUCCUUUCUAUCCUACGUAUCACCAUCAUUCGACUGGAAGAGACACCCAAGUUUCUUCUCGCGGAAGGAAAGGAUGAGGAUGCAGUGCGGGUUCUCACUAAUAUCGCCAGGAAGUACGAUCGCCCGUGCAGCCUAACACUGGAACGCCUUGAGGCAUGCGGAGCCACCACUCAGCGCCGAGGCAGCCCAGUUGGGUUAACUCAGCGACUGAUUUCCCCUCAAGAAGUGAUUUUCCACUUGAAGGGUCUCUAUGCGACCCGCAAAAUGGCAUUGUCGACUUCCUUGGUCUGGUUCUCAUGGCUUCUGAUCGGUCUCGCAUACCCAUUGUACAACGUCUUCCUGCCUACGUACCUCGCAUCCCGUGGUGCUGAUUUUGGAGAGACGAGUGAUUACAUCACUUGGCGCAACUAUGCGAUUAAUAAUACCUGCAGUAUCUUCGGACCAGUUCUCGCGGGCUUCAUGUGUAGCUCACCCUGGUUCUGGGGUCGACGUGGAACAAUGAUCAUUGGUGCGCUUAUUACCAUGGUCUUCUUUUUCGCCUACACGCAGGUCCGCACGGAGAGUCAAAAUGUGGGAUUCACAUGUGCAAUCUCUUUUUGUCUGAAUAUCUACUAUGGUACUCUCUAUGCCUAUACCCCCGAGGUCUUCCCAUCGGCCCACCGAGGUACCGGCAAUGGUGUGGCUAUUGGGUUGAAUCGUAUUAUGGGAAUCGUUAGUGCUGUUAUUGGAGCUGCGGCUGAUACAAGUACCGCAGUACCAAUCUACAUCUGUGCUGCUUUGUAUAUUGUCAUGGCUAUUGUUGCCGUAGCUCUUCCAUUUGAGCCAUUUGGCCGACGAAGCAGCUAG